UUCAUUUCACUUUCUUGUCCAGCACUGAGCAGCGCCCUAGGUUUCCGCCUCAUGGCCAAGCCCGAGCCCAGGGCUCGAACCGUCCUCGAACCACUGGCUCAGGUCGACCUUUCCAACCACUCCCGGAGCCCGACCCGAUCUCUCGCCAUCUGGACCGUCUCCGAUUCCCAGACCCUUACUUACGUCGGAACUCAAUCCGGAACCCUAAUUCUACUCUCCACAAACCCUAACAAUCCAACCACCACGACGACCUCCGAAACUGCUUCCAAAAGCACUUCGUUUUCGCCGCAAAACGUUUCGCUUCUGCGAAGCGUUUCGUUCGACGUUGAUUCUCCGGUGGAUCGGAUACUUGUGCUUGCUGACAUUGGGAAGGUUCUGGUACUUUCGGAUGGGGCUUUGUUCUUGGUUGAUUCCCUUUUGUUACAACCCGUGAAGAGGUUGAGUUUCUUCAAGGGAGUCUCCGUAAUUACGAUGCGAUUUCGGAGUAGUAAUCAAGCGGAGAGUACAAAUUUGUUGGAGAGUAAUGCCAACAGUAAUGCUUCUUCUUCGGACUAUGCUAGCACGAGUCAACGGCUUUUGCAACGAUUGGGUGGUGGGAUUAGAGCAAAUGGUUUGAGAGUCAAAGAAUCUGAACAGCAUCACCGGAGCGAAGGUAAUUUCGUUUUUGCAGUUGUGAUUGGUAAAAGAUUGAUACUGGUAGAGCUUGUUUUAGGUAAUAGAGUAAAUAAAAGUGAUGAAGAUGUCGAUGGCGUAAAUGGGUCUUUUGUAGUUUUGAAAGAGAUUCAGUGUAUUGAUGGGGUUAUGACAAUGGUGUGGCUUGAUGAUUCCAUAAUUGUGGGUACGGUUAAUGGCUAUAGCUUGUUUUCGUGUGUUACGGGACAGAGUGGUAUCAUAUUUACAUUGCCAGAUAUGUCUAGCCCGCCGCAGCUUAAAUUGAUGUGGAGAGAGUGGAAGGUGCUUUUAUUGGUAGACAAUGUGGGUGUUCUUGUUAAUUCGCAUGGGCAGCCAGUUGGUGGGAGCUUGGUGUUCAGGCAUGGCAGCCCGGAUUCUAUUGGGGAGAUAUAUUCCUAUGUGGUUGUUGUGAAGGAUGGGAACUUGGAGUUGUAUCAUAAGAAAUCGGGUCGUUGUCUUCAAACAGUUACUAUUGGCGGGGAAGGGGUUGGACCUUGCGUUGUUGCAGAUGAGGAAGUAGGGGGUGGGAAACUUUUGGCUGUUGCAGCACCCAACAAGGUUAUUUUCUAUCGAAAUUUAUCUUCUGAAGAACAAAUCAAAGACUUGUUGAGAAAGAAGAACUUUAAGGAAGCCAUCACCUUGGUUGAGGAGCUUGAGUGUGAUGGUGAAAUGUCAGAGGAUAUGCUCUCCUUUGUUCAUGCUCAAGUGGGGUUUCUAUUGCUUUUUGACCUCCAUUUUGAGGAAGCAGUAAAUCACUUUUUGCAGUCUGAGACAAUGCAGCCUUCUGAAGUGUUUCCAUUCAUAAUGCGAGAUCCAAAUCGCUGGUCACUGCUGGUUCCUAGAAACCGGUAUUGGGGUCUGCAUCCACCCCCUAAACCUCUUGAAGAUGUUGUAGAUGAUGGGUUGCUGGCUAUCCAAAGAGCUACCUUCCUGAGAAAAGCAGGUGUAGAAACUUUAAUAGAUGACGAUUUUCUCUCAAAUCCACCAAGUAGAGCUGAUUUAUUGGAGUCAGCAAUCCAGAACAUUACCAGGUACUUGGAAGUUUGCCGGCAGAAAGAGUUAACAUUGUCAGUGAGAGAGGGAGUUGACACACUAUUAAUGUACCUUUAUAGAGCUCUAAAUUGUAUUAGUGAUAUGGAGAAGCUGGCAUCUUCAACAAACAGCUGUAUUGUGGAGGAGUUGGAAACUUUAUUAGAUGACUCUGGGCACUUACGGACACUUGCCUUUCUCUAUGCAAGUAAAGGGAUGAGCUCAAAGGCUCUUGCUAUUUGGCGUAUCUUGGCAAGGAAUUAUUCAACUGGCCUCUGGAAAGACCCUGCCCUGGAGAAUUGCUUACAGGAUUCCAGUAACAAUAGUAUCUCCAGUAAGGAAAUUGCUGCAACUGAGGCGUCAAAAAUUCUUGAGGAGUCAUCUGAUCAGGAUCUGGUUCUACAACAUCUUGGAUGGAUUGCAGAUGUCAACCAGGUGCUUGCUGUUCAAGUUUUAACAUCUGAAAAGAGAGCCAUUCAGUUCUCUCCAGAUGAAGUUAUUGCCGCAAUUGAUCCAAGAAAGGUAGAAAUUUUUCAAAGGUACAUUCAGUGGUUGAUUGAAGAUCAGGACUGCGAUGAUACUCAGUUCCAUACAUUAUAUGCUCUAUCACUUGCCAAAUCAGCCAUUGAAGCCUUUGAAGCAGACAAUGCUUAUCAAAACGCUGACAUUGGAAGGUUAGGCAAGGCAGAAAUUUCUUAUAAUAGAAUGAACUUGAUCUUUGAAAGUCCUGUUCGAGAAAGGCUGCAGAUAUUUUUACAGUCUUCGGACUUGUUUGAUCCAGAAGAGAUUCUUGACUUGAUUGAAGGAUCAGAGUUAUGGUUGGAAAAGGCGAUUCUUUACAGAAAACUGGGGCAGGAGGCGUUGGUACUCCAAAUUUUGGCCUUGAAACUGGAAGAUAGUGAAGCUGCUGAACAGUAUUGUGCAGAGAUUGGCAGACCAGAUGCCUAUAUGCAGUUACUUGAUAUGUAUUUGGAUCCACAAGAUGGCAAGGAGCCAAUGUUUAAGGCUGCUGUUCGCCUUCUACACAAUCAUGGAGAAUCUCUGGACCCUUUGCAAGUUUUGGAGAAAUUGUCCCCAGAUAUGCCCCUCCAACUGGCCUCCGAGACAAUAUUAAGAAUGUUCAGAGCUCGCCUUCAUCAUCAUCGUCAAGGGCAGAUAGUGCGCAAUCUAUCCCUUGCUGUGGACGUUGAUGCAAGUCUAGCAAGAUUGGAGGAAAGAUCAAGACAUAUUCAGAUCAAUGAUGAGAGCCUUUGUGAUUCUUGUCAUGCCCGCCUUGGAACUAAGCUGUUUGCAAUGUACCCAGAUGAUUCUAUUGUUUGUUACAAGUGUUUUCGUCGCCAGGGUGAGUCCACUUCUGUCACAGGUCGCAACUUCAAAGAAGAUGUUCUAAUCAAACCAGGUUGGCUUGUGACUGGAUGAUGUAGAGAAGCAUGUAGUUUUUGAUGUUCAAGACCUGGCUGUUUUCUGCUCGGGGUAAUAAUUUCUCCAGAUUUUUGACAAAUCAGAGUGUUAGAAUAACCAAAUGUUUUCUUGAAGUGUAUUAAUGAAGUUCAGUGGCGAUCAAGACACUCGUGUGCAUAAAUAUGUUAUAGGCGUCCAACUUUGUAGGGUGUCCAAUAAACAUGUAUGCAUUGUAAAUGCCACGUUGGUUUAGUAAUAAUUAUGGUUUGUUCGAAUAUUCUGUUUA